AUGAGAAGGCUUCUCGAUUCUUCAGUAACCGUUCUUGCAACCUUAGAAAACGGAAAGGUCUGCUGUCCACACAAGGAAACUACCUUCUCUAGACAGAGUGAAAAACCUUUCUCAGUGGACCAUGUGAUUUUCACGGGUGUCUCGACCAUCUCGGAUGUGGCAUUCCGUGCUUCAUGCAUUCCACUCCUCCUCCUGACUCGAUUCCUUACCUGUGGUCUUCAUUUGGCUACGAAUUCUCUCCACGCCAUGCCCAUCGGUUGUCCCCCCAGAGCGUUUACUAAGUUUGUUUCUUAUGUCAUAUUGACAUUCCUUAUCGUUUCUUUGCUGCACCUUUACUACCGCCUUGAGGCACUCCCCGUCAGUCUGGCUGCGCGACCUGCCAUCGACGCCGACAAAUUUAGUUGCACUCGAAAACUCCAGGACUCACUCAACUCCCUUCACGCACUCUCCCAGUCUCUCUCUCACACGCUCCGUCGCAUUGAAUUAAAAUUAACCCCCAGUUGA